AUUACUCUUCCUAGCUUCCUCUCGGCCUUCUCCCCUUCUGCCAUUACUCCAAACUUCUAGUUUGGAUUCUGGUUAGGUUUGGGGCUGGGUAUUUUUUCGUGUUCGUCGGUCGAAUCCAAGUUCCGAUUUCUCAAAUCCAAUCAAAUCUAGUUAUAAGAUUGAUUUAAAAGAUCGCUUUUUUUUUUUUUUUGCCUCCGUUCCUUUGUACGCAUCGGGAAGAUGAGGAGACUAGAGGCUGUCGUCUCUUUCAGCCGGCAGAGAUUUCUCCGUAUCCUCCUUGCCCUGGCUCUUCUGUACUUCGUUUUCCUUCUUUUUUGCGAGCUCCCCUUCGUCGCCCGGCAACCAGGGCCUCCCGGUGGCGCCGCGGGGUUCGUCCCCGGCGACGCCAUGGCCCGCCCGCGCCACCUCGGCAGCGAAGAGGAGACCCAGGCGAAGUCCGCCCCCCUCCGUCCCUUCAAGCGCCCUUACCGGAUUCUCUCCCCAUCCUCCGGCCCCCGCCGGCGGCUGCGGUCCCCCAUCGUCUCCGGCCUAGUCCUCAUGAAACCCAACGACACUAACCGCGGGGCCUUCUCGGAAAUGGACAAGGCGGCGAAGGACGCGUGGGAGGUCGGAAGAAUGCUCUUUGAGGAGCUGAAGUCUGCUCCACCGUCAGCAAUGGCGCCGGAGGGGAACCGGGCGGAGGAGAGCUGCCCGCAUUCGAUCAUGCUGUCAGGGGCGGAGUUCGAAAAGCGGGGAAGGCUGAUGGUGCUCCCCUGUGGCCUGACGCUGGGCUCCCACAUCACUCUGGUGGCGAGGCCCCGCCCGGCCCACGCUGAGUAUGAUCCAAAGAUAUCAGCACUGAAGGAAGGGGGUCGGGCUGUCAUGGUGUCGCAGUUCAUGAUGGAGCUCCAGGGGCUCAAGGCCGUCGAUGGCGAGGACCCGCCGAGAAUUCUCCACUUCAACCCCCGGUUGAAGGGAGAUUGGAGUGGGAGGCCUGUCAUCGAGCAGAACACAUGCUACCGCAUGCAGUGGGGAUCGGCCCAACGGUGCGACGGAGCAAAAUCCAGAGCUGAUGAGGAGACUGUUGAUGGGAUGGUGAAGUGUGAGAAGUGGAUCCGUGAUGAUGAUAAUGAUCGGUUGGAGGAGUCGAAGACAGUGUGGUGGUGGAACCGUUUGAUUGGUCGGACCAAGAAAGUUUCUAUCGAUUGGCCAUAUCCAUUUGUGGAGGGCAAGUUGUUCGUUCUAACUCUUGGUGCUGGUUUGGAAGGUUACCAUGUCAGUGUCAAUGGGAGACAUGUGGCAUCGUUUCCUCAUCACACUGGAUUUGUACUUGAAGAUGCAACUGGCCUGUCUUUGAAUGGGGAUCUCGAAGUCCAGUCCAUAUUUGCUGCAGCAUUGCCCACAUUACAUCCUAAUUUUGCACCACAAAGGCAUCUAGAAAUGUCUGCUCAGUGGCAGGCUCCACCACUUCCUGAUGAACCAGUUGAACUUUUCAUCGGAAUCCUUUCGGCAGCCAACCAUUUUGCUGAGCGAAUGGCUGUGAGGAAGUCAUGGAUGUCUGCAGUGAGGCCAUCAUCAAAUGUUGUAGCUCGGUUUUUUGUUGCCCUGCAUGCAAGAAAGGAAGUGAAUGUGGAGUUAAAGAAAGAGGCAGAAUUCUUUGGGGACAUUGUCAUAGUGCCUUUUAUGGAUAACUAUGAUCUAGUUGUUUUGAAAACUAUCGCCAUCUGUGAGUAUGGGGUUAACACAGUUUCCGCUAAGUAUAUAAUGAAGUGCGAUGAUGAUACAUUUGUUAGAGUUGAUUCCGUGCUCAAGGAAGUGAAAAAAAUUCCAGGUGAUAGAAGUCUGUAUGUGGGGAACAUGAAUUACUACCACAAGCCCUUACGUAGUGGGAAAUGGGCUGUCACAGUUGAGGAGUGGCCGGAGGAAGUCUACCCACCAUAUGCUAAUGGUCCUGGAUAUGUUGUAUCAUCUGACAUUGCCCGCUUUAUCGUUACUGAAUUUGAGAGGCCCACAUUGAGGCUAUUUAAAAUGGAAGAUGUGAGCAUGGGCAUGUGGGUUGAGAAGUUCAACGACUCGAGACCUGUCGAAUACCUCCACAAUCUCAAGUUUUGCCAGUUUGGCUGCAUAGAUGAUUACUACACCGCACACUAUCAGUCCCCUCGGCAGAUGAUCUGCAUGUGGGACAAGCUGCAAGCAGGAAAACCUCAGUGCUGCAAUAUGAGAUGAUACUGAUAGGAACUUGAUGCACGGUGCAGCAAGUUUUGCAGUGUUAGAGGCACCUUACAUGAAAUUAAGGCUUUCUUGGAGAAUAUGAAUGGGUUGCCUCUUUAUGUUCAUUCUUUAAUUCUUUCAAUUAUGGUUGGGGGGAGAUUGGCGGGCGGGGGUGGGGGGCGGUGUGUUUGCUGGUCCUGGAGAGAAGGGGUUGUUCAGUUGCUUCUUUGUAUGUAAAGUGAACGAAAAUAGCUCCCGCUGUAGCAGCCCCAGCGCUAUACUUCUUGUAUGAUCACAUCUUGUCCAGAUUCUUUAUUGCUUGCCAUACAUCUUGUAAGGUACAAGAUCAAUGAUAUAUGUUUAUGCUUAAUGAUCACUUGUU